CAACAGAGCACCAGAACCUUCCCUCGCCGCCCAGCCUAGCUAGGGUUUCUGGCGCCGGCCGGGGGGCAUGGCGUACGUGGACCACGCCUUCUCCAUCUCCGACGAGGACGAUCUCGUCGGCGGCGCAGUCGGGGGCCCGUGCGGUGCGCCCGUCAAGGAGGUCGCCUUCGCCGCCGCGCUCCUCGCCUUCGGGGAGCUCGGCGUCGUCGGGGGCCUGUUCAUGGCCGCCAAUCAGGUCGGAGGGGACCGCGCGCACGGAAUUUUCUUUAUGAUUCUAGGUAUUGUGAUGUUCAUCCCUGGGUUCUACUACACACGAAUCGCGUACUAUGCAUACAAAGGUUACAAGGGCUUCUCAUUUUCAAACAUCCCGCCAAACUGA